CAGGGCGGCUCCCUCUCUUCCCCGGCUUCCUCGCAGGCCUCGGCCGCCGCCCUUUUCCUCAUGUCUCGCCCCUUCCCGGGCUUCCCUCCUCAGCCACUCCCCGGGGAGGCACAGCUGGGGCCCGGACACCCUCCAUGCCCACAGGGCCAGGGCCCCCCUGGCCACCUGCCGCAGCCCCGCCAUGUCCCUGCCUCUCCCCCAUGGCCUGGCCGCCUGCUGAUGGCAGGAGGCGAGGUGAGGAUGGCCCGUCAGGGAGAGGAGAUGGGACCUGUUGCCAUGCCUGAAGGACAGCGGGUGCCCAUUUCGCCACGGAGGUGAGGAAAGGAGGGAGCCCUCGGUGCUGCUGGAGCCCUUCCCCAUGGGGACCUGCAUCUACGACAGAGGUUGCUGCUCAGCAUCCUGGCCACGUGCCCUGCUGAAUUGGCUGCCCCAGAUGCCUUGCAGAGGCCUGGGAUUACCUGAAAGGAGAUGUGGAAUUUGUUCACAAGGAUGAUACUGGAAGGAGCAUUUAAUUUUGCAGCGAGGAAAACUAAAUGCAACCCUCACCCCAGAUACCUUUAUAUUGCUCAGAGCUCAAGGAAAUAGACAGACGGUUGGAAAAGAAGCUGAAGAUCACGCAGAAGGAAAGAGCCGGGUCUUCCAGACUGGAUGUAGCUACAGCUAUGGGGAAGCCAUUUAAGAAAAAGACACUCAAAGGAAGAAAUGGUAGAAAAUCAAAAUCUCCUCCUAAAGUGCCGAUCGUGAUUCAGGACGACAGCCUUCCUGCAGGUCCUCCCCCGCAGAUCCGCAUCUUGAAGAGGCCGACAACCAACGGUGUGCUUAGCAAUCCCAACUCCGCCAGCAGGCCGGCCUUCCCCGUGAAAUCGUUGGCGCAGAGGGAGGCAGAAUACGCGGAAGCCAGGAAACGAAUAUUGGGCAGCGCAAGCCCCGAAGAAGAGCAGGAGAAACCCAUUCUAGAUAGGCCGCCGAGGAUCUCCCAGCCAGAAGACACCAGACAGCCCAAUAAUGUGAUUAGGCAACCCCUGGGUCCCGAUGGCUCACAAGGCUUCAAACAACGCAGAUAAAUGCGGGCGAGAGAUGCUGCUGCGAAAGGCAGGGUCCGCCGCCACGGGUCGCACUGCCGUGACGGACAAACGGACUUGAGCAAAGGGAACUACCUGGUUUAUUUGCACUGUGAUCCCCUUUGCUCUGCCCACUGUGACCUUCAACCCCAUGCACUGUGACCUCCCCUCUCCACCCACUGUGACCGGCAAACCGAGAAGGGCUGUCCCCAAGUCACUCUAAAAGGAAAGGGGACAACGAGGCGGGGCGGGGGGGUUAUAAAGGACUCGGAUGGGUGCAGGGAGUCGUGUGUGUGCCACUUGGGUUGAAGCUAGCGCCAGCAAUAAUGUUUGUUGUACUCGUAACCUGGCAUUUAAGGA